AUGGGUCAACUUUCAAUUUUAGUUAAUAUAAUGCUCAAUACAAGUAACGUUGCACAUUCAAUUCUUACUGAAGAAAUUGACAACAAUUAUAAUAGUAACAAUAAUAAUAAUAAUAAUUUAUUGCUCAACGAUUUCUCCUUUCAUAACGAUGAUAUUAUUAUAAAUGGAUCAUUACAUUAUGGUGUUUAUGAUACAGCUUUAUUCGAUGUGUUAAAAGUUGAUCCAGAAGAUUUUGCUUCACAAAUUACAUUAAUGGAUCUUCCAGUAUUUAAAUCUAUAACACCAGAUGAAUUAAUCGGUUGUAGUUGGAGUUCAAAAUCGAAAUUAGAGAAAGCUUUUCAUAUUGUUCAAUUCACUCGUCGAUUUAAUCAAGUUAAUUUUUGGACUCAAGGUGAAUUAUUACGUGCUGAUAUUGUUAAAAAUCGUAUUGAAAUUUUAUCACAUUUUAUUCGAAUUGCUAAAAAAUUAUUUGAAUUAAAUAAUAUAAAUGCUUGUAUGGCUGUUGUUAUGGCUUUACAAAGUGCACCAAUAUAUCGAUUACAAAAGACAUGGAUGGGUCUUAGUAAACGUGAUCGUUCAACAUUUACUGGUUUAAAAGAUCUUGUAUCAUCAAAUGAAAAUUGGAAACGAUUAAGAAAUCAUUUAACUCAAUCUAAACUACCGUGUAUUCCAUAUCUUGGUAUUUAUCUAACUGAUAUAAUUCAUAUUGAUACACUCCAUCCACAUCGUGGUGGACUUGAAACAAAUCAACGAAAAAAUGCAAUGAAUAAUAUUUGUAGAGUAAUAUCAGAAUUUCAACAAUCAACUUAUGACUAUCUUAAAUCAAUUGAAUGUGUACAAAAUUAUCUUUCGACUGUACGUUAUAUGGAAGAAUUACAAACAUUUGUUGAAGCUCAAAAUUAUGAACAAUCAUUAAGAAUAGAACCAGAUGAUCAAAUUGAUUCAUGUUGUGAUAAAACAAUAAAAAAUUUAGAAAAAUCAGCUUCAUUUAAAAUUCUACAAUCAACCAUACAUUCAAAUUGUUCACAUAGACGAACAUUAAGUGAUUUUAAUCAUUUAAAUUGUUCUUCAUCUACGACUAAAUCUGCAACAUUACCUUGUCGAACACGUGAAAAAAAAAGUUUAUUAGAUGAUAGUCUACUUGUCGAUCCAAUGACAGAAGAAACUCGAUCUAGUAGUGAAUCAAAUGAUUCAUGUGAAAUAGUAAUUCGUAAAACUAAAGAAUAUAUUAAAACUACAACUAAACAUCAUCAUAUAAUUCAAGGAAUAUCCUUGUCAUUAUCAUCAUUAUCAAUGAAAGAACCAUUAAAUCCUCAUAAUGAUCCAUUAAUAACAUCAAAUUACAAUUUUGAAGGUUUAUUAGAACGAAAAUGUCUUUUAAAAAAUUAUAAAAAACCCAAUAUAACUAAAUGGAAAAAAUAUUGGGUUGCUAUAUGUGAACAUUUACUUUUUUUUCAUAAACAAAAAUCAUUUUUAAUUACAUUUCAUAUGCGUUUACAUCGGCAAACAUCACUAAAAGAUAAUGAUAAUAUCUUACAUGCACAAUCACCAUUAUCAAAUGUAAAUAUAACAUUAUCAGAAACAGAUCGUUUAUAUUAUCGAGAAAAUCCAUCAAAAUGUCAAUCAAUUACAGAUUGUCUUAUUGUACUUAGUCAAACAAAAAAUCGAAAUGAAAUUCAAUUAAGUGAUUUAAAUCGAGGAUCGAUGUAUAAAUUUAGAUUUGAGAAUGCAGCAGUAGCGAAUAUUUGGUAUCAACAUUUAAAAGAAGCAUCAAUAAUUAAACAAAAUACUGGUCGAUUAUCAGAAAAUCUAAUUGCAUUAGAUUAG